UGUGUUACCAGCUUGUCGACUGCAUGCUUGACUCUCAUGUGACCACCACAAACUACAAGGCUUACUGCCGCUAACAAAAGUCGCCCAUGUGACCGGGCCUUUAGAGAGAGAGAGAUAUAGAGAGGAGUGUACACGUGUAGUUUGCGAUGACUGAACUCCCUGUUGUAUCAACUGUACAAGUACAAGUAUUAUUUAGAUUUUCUAGUACAGUAAUCCGAUUGUGAUCGGAUUAAUCUGUUGUGAAUAGUUCUAAAGGUAUUCCAUUAAUAAAGUGGAUAUAUUUGUUUUACAUCGGAUUUCACGUGGCUCAUUUCUGAAAAGGAUCCAAACACCAUUGAAGGUUUGGGGUCCAGCCUCCAGACCCUCACAAUACAUGUGAUUUUUUCCAGCUGAUGAUAAAGAAGUGAAUACGCGACCAAGAUUUAAUCAUGGGGAAUUCACAAAGUAUUCCACAAAGUAACAGCACAUCGACAUACUAUCUGCUUGAGCCAAUGUUGGAAGCGGUGGAUUGUGCGAUAUGUCUGGAGAAUUGUGAAGACGCAAUGGCACUGGAAUGUGGGCAUGUUUACUGCAAUGGGUGUAUCAAAACUCAUUUGGAAAUAAAUGAGAACAUCUGUCCUAAAUGCAGAAGAUCAUGUGACCAGGAGCACAUUGUACCGUUCCUCAGACCGGAGAACACUGACGAGAUAAGAUUUGAUCUGACAGCACCUGGACGAGCUAUGCAGCUCAUCAGAGUCAAUGAAGAUAAUAAGGACACGCCCCUGGAGCUUGAUACAAAUGUUUUGAAGCUCUGUUUUCUGCGAGAGGAUGUGAGGGACAUCCCUGUGUGUAUCCUUUCCAUCGUGGGACAACGGAGGUGUGGAAAAUCUUUCCUUCUCAACUACAUCUUACGGAGACUGGGAAAUCUGUGGUUGCUGUAUUGGCAGGAAUGUGAAGAUGACUCCUGGAUGAGUGGGGAUGAGGAGGUUUUGAAUGGAUUUGAAUGUAGGACUGGGGAUGACAGCAUCACAAAGGGCAUCUGGAUCUGGAGCAAACCUUUCUUUAUGAAAUUAAAUGAAGGGGAAAGGAUUGCAGUGUUCUUGGUCGACACAGAAGGCUCUGCGGAUGCUAAGCAGAAUAAAGAAGUUGGUUUGAAACUUUCAGCUCUAAGCGCUCUUUUUAGUUCUUACCUGAUCUUUAACAUAUCCUCCCGAAUAAACAGCACUGACCUGGAAGAUCUUGAGAUGUUUUGUUUAAUAGCUGAAAAUGGAGGGACAGAUUUGAAACCCUUUCAGCGUCUUCUUUUUCUGAUUCGUGACUGGAAUUCGUCUCCUUUUGGAUUUGAAGGAGGAAUGACACAUCUUGGAAAAGUAGCUACGGAAUGUUCCCUGCAGAACGCCAAGGAUAUUCUGCAGAAGAAAGGAGCCGAGUGUUUCCUGAUGCCACACCCAGGAAAGAAAUUACCGGCUAGUAAUGAGGGGGGUUUAAAAGAUAUGGACGAUGAUUUUAAAGAGUGCCUAAAACAGUUCAUUAAUGACUUAGUGCCGACACUGUGCAACUAUCCAAAGAUGGACAGAGAAAACUCAAAAAUCACUGGUAGACAGUUAAAGGAACACAUCCAGAAAGUUACAUCUGUGAUUGCAUCUGCCCAGUAUGAAAUUGUUUCACUCAGGGAGAUGACCAUAAAGCAGAAUUUGCAGAAGGCUAAACUUCUUUUUCAGAGCUCUGCACUUUGUUUUCAGAAGUUUAUCAAUGAGAAGGGAAAUACAUUUUUAACCAGGCCAGACCAAAUGAAGAAGGAGAUGGAGGAAGAAGUUGAUAAGAUAUUGAAUGAAGUUAAGACUCAGUUAGGAGAAGACGACUUUGAAAAAUUGAAGACAGCCCUAAACACUGAGAAAGAAGUAUUUCUUAAAGACUAUAACACAAAGUUUUACAAAGCUGUAGGGGUCCUGGCGACAGGCUCAGUGCUGGCUACGACUGCAGGUGGCGUUGUUGCAGGAGUAGCUAUUGCUGCAAAUGCUGGUAUUAUUGCAGCGGGGGCAGCAGUUGGCACUGGUUCCAGUCUUGUUGCGGGUGGGAUUGGAGCAGCAGUCACUCAAAUUGCAAACAAAAUCAAGAAAAACAGAACAGAACCUGAGGACAACAAUUAAAACACUGAGACAGAGAGCCAUGUACAGCAUGUGUGCACUCCGAGCAUGAUAUUAGGUGAUUUUUUUUGUAGAUCAAUUGCAUAGACACUCAUGUCUGUUUAAUGCAUGUGUGUGUUUUUAUGUCUCAAUAAUUCAGUUGGUGGUGUUACAGGGUGUUUGCUUGUGUAAAUUAUUGUGUGCUUUUAAUGGUGUAAAUCUUGUUGUUAUUUUUAUCUUUUUGUAUUUACACAUGUAAUUGUUUGUAUUCGGUUCCCUAAAGUGAUGAUUACCACGUGUGUGUUGUUGACAAUCUUGUCUUGUGUUUUUGUGUACUUUUUAUUAGUUUGCUGGCUGGAUACGUAGCUGUAAUAUGCAAACUGAAUUAUAAUUUCCAUGCUGCCUUCUUCCAUCGAGGCUAUCUGACGUGUGGCUGAAUUAUUCUUUUUAUUGCCGGUGUGUGUGGUCCCUGUUGCUCUGUGUACUCCAUACAUCUACUUGGUUAUAUCCUUGCCUGUUAUUGUUCUAAAAGCAAAGUUUUAUGUGUAUUGUAUACUCUUGUGUUUUAAAAUGGAUUGUUUUAUUAGUGAGUUUCCGUUCUUGUAUAUUUUUGGAGUGUUUCUCCUGCAUACGUGCUGAUGUGUAACUUUAAUUUCCCCUUUUGUGAUCUGUUUGUCAUAUAUAUAUAUUUUAUAUAUCGCACCCUAACCCUUGUAGGUCUUUAGGAAAGGCCAUUGUGUACAGUGAGUGCUAGGGGGUAUAGGGGUUGGUCUGAUCACGCUGUGUGUUGGGGCUGGGAAAUUGGCAUAGUUUGGUCCUUUUUAAGGCCCAUUUAAAUUGGGGUAUUGCACGGUGAUGUUUAGAACACCUGUACCUCCCAGACGGUAAGGGUAGGCCUCGGGUGUAUCCCCAGGGACUGAGUAGUUUAGAGCACCCUCUAGUGGUUUUAUUGCUGUUUUAUU